AAGUGGCACGUCGGAAAAGAAUCCAAACGUGUCAUCUCCUUCCUCUCUCUCUCCCUAAACCCCUCGCAAAAUCUCCCUCUCGAUGCCGGAUCAAUGGCUAUUUUCAGAUCACUCAAAACGCUAAUUUCCCGCACCAGAAACAGAAAGCCCGGCGAUCCUUCCAGAACCUUCUUCACCACAACUUUCUCUUCCUCAUUCGUGCCGCCUCUCUACACCGACCCCUCCGUCUAUCGCCGCCGCCGCCAUUUCCUCGCCCGCCCUAACUUCUUCUCUCCCGCCGCCUUCACCGGCGCCACCACCAUCGUAGCCAACUCCUGCCCGCUCUUUCUCUCCUCUCCUCCCUGGAAGCUCUCCCAAUCCGCUACUCCUCUCCACCUCCAGCCCAACCUCGUCCUCCUUCGAGUCAGAGCUCUCAAUUUGAAGCUUCCGUACAAGCUAGGGCUUCAGGCGACCUCCUCUGCUCCGAGACUGCUCCUAAAUGGGCCCCAGGAGAAGCAAUUCGCUGAAUCUCACCUCGUUGCUGAAAUUAGAGAUAGCUUUGUCAAUUUGCCUAAUUUCAUUUCGUUCAGUCGAUUGCUUUCCGGCCCAUUACUCGCGUGGAUGAUCACACAAGAUAUGUAUCUUCCUGCAUUUAUUGGGCUAGCCAUAUCUGGUGCAAGUGAUUGGCUAGAUGGGUACGUGGCCAGGAAGAUGGGGAUAAAUUCUGUAGUUGGUUCCUACCUUGAUCCGCUUGCUGACAAGGUGCUAAUUGGAUGUGUUGCUCUAGCAAUGGUAGAGAGGGAUCUUUUGCACUCUGGACUCAUUGCACUUGUUGUACUACGCGAUGUUGCCCUCGUUGGUGGUGCGGUUUACCAAAGAGCUAGCAGUUUGGGAUGGAAGUGGACAAGUUGGAUAGACUUCUUCAACCUGGAUGGAAUGCGUCCCCAUAAAGUUGAGCCUCUCAUGAUUAGCAAGAUAAACACUGUUUUCCAAUUGGUCUUAGUUGCUGCAGCCCUACUUCAACCUGAAUUUGGUAACGAGGAAACGCUAUCAUAUAUCAAAUAUUUAAGUUGGUUAGUUAUGUUAACGACAGUAGCUUCAACUGCUGCAUAUGGAGCACAACACCUCAGGACUGGAUCUUUACCCAUAAAGAAGAGUUAAAGGCACGUUUUGAGUUUUGACUAACUUAAAGUUUUUGUUUCUCAUCUCUUUUCCCCUUUUCUAAAGGAAAUAAGCCAUGCCUGACUACUUUUUCAUGUUAAAUUUUACUGAAAACAUGUCAUCUGAGCUUUUGUUGUAUAUUUGCAGUUUUACAUGUAACUGUGUAAGAAAUGUUAUAGGAGAACUUGAAUUUAACGAAA